AUGGACCGAUAUAGCCUUCACGCUGCGAAUUCCGAUGCAUCUCCAUUUUCCGACUGUAAAGGGCCGCAUUUCGUUCUGGGCACGCUGAGCUAUGGCCUAGAACCAGUCUGA